AUGGCAAUUUUUGCGAGCAAAUAUGAACGAAAAUUGCCAAUUGAUGAUACCCAACCGCUGAGCUGCGAGAUAACCACAGUUGAGGAAGUCGACGGGCAUACGGAGUACUUGCUGCGUGUGCAGAGGGGGCCGACCACAGAAAACUCCUGGAAUGUUCUGCGCCGCUACAAUGACUUCGACAAGCUGGACAAAUGUCUCCGCAUCUCGGGCAUUGAGCUACCGUUGCCUCGCAAGCGCAUCUUCGGUAAUAUGCGCCCGGACUUCGUAGCUGAACGAAAACAAGCACUGCAAGUAUACAUAAACGCUGUACUAAUGAAUCCCAUAUUGGCAUCAUCGUUGCCAGCGAAGCGCUUCGUUGACCCCGAGAGCUACUCGCAAUCAUUUCAUGACCAUGCUGUGCAGAAUGCAGUGCUCUGCCUGCGCAACGAUUCGGCGUGGGCCCUGGGUGGCACAAUGGGUGCCAUAGGCUGGCGUCUACGCAAGCACUACUUUAAGGUGACGCCCAAGCCGCCGGAGAAGAGCAGCAACAAGUUGGUGAAGAGCGGCUCCCAGUCGCACCAGAGCAAGCAUUUCGCCGCCGGCAGCAGCAAUGGCAGCGGACAUUCAAUGGAUGGCGGAUCGUAUGACCCCAAUGCCGAGAUGGUGGCCGAAUGGCUCGAGGCUGGACCAGACAAGUUUAUCGAAGAGAAGGAGAUGACCGGGAUUCUAAAGAGCCUGAUGGGCCUCCAGCAUCAACACAUCGAGCCAGUAAUCAUGGCCGGCCACACGGAAAGCGGAUGUCUUGUCAUCAGAAAAUUCCACAAGCAUGGCACCCUCAAAGAUGUGUUGUGCAUGGCCACGAACCCAAAGAACCCCUUCCUGACCAAGUACGGCAAUCCGAAGGGACGCACUGCGCUCUCCAUGAAGCAAGUGGCCACCUACGGCAGGCAGAUCCUAGAGGCUCUCAUAUUUUUGCAUUCCAAGGGCUAUGCCUAUGGCCACCUACAUUCCGGUAACAUAGUCAUUUUGGACGAUUGUGUCAGGCUGCUGGAUAUUGAAAAUCAACUGCUGGGCGUGCCGGCCUUCUAUCGGCCAUUCUUCAUGCAGCACAGCAAGAUUCAUACAAUGGAGACCGUGGACGUGUACUGCUUCGGCCAUGUACUAUUUGAAAUGACCAUGGGCUAUCCCCUUCAAGAAUCUGUGGUGCGACAAAUUACCGAAUGCCCCGAGACGCUAAAAUGUUUGCUGGAGAGCAUCCUCUCAAAGGAGGCUUGCAAGUCUGGGCUUCCGACACUGGAGCAACUGAUUGGCCACCGCUUCUUCGCACAAUAUGCCUCGACGGGUGAGGCAGCUGCUGCUGGCGGGGCUAAUACCGAGAAGCCACACUUUAAAUUGUCCUUAAACGCCAAAGAGCUGCUCAAGCAGGCAGCCAUAAAGACAGAGAAUCGGCUGCGCGACGAGCAAAAGUCGGUGAAGAACCAGAAGCGAAUUGUGCGGGUGCAGGAGCUGAUGAGCUCCGAGGAGGAGAAGCGCAAGUCCAAGCAGAAAGCAAAACUAGAGCACAAACAGUCCAAGCUAAAGCAGCAAGGUUCACUGCAAACAAACAACGGACGCUUGUCGCUUGCGGCUGCGACUGCAACUGCAGCGACUGCUUCAUCCAGCACCCUGGCUGCUAGUGGGCCAAACGCGGCAGACUCCUUCAACCGCUCCGACAGCACUCCUGAAGAACCCACUCUGGCCGCCUUCAAAUCCCCACCGCUUACACCGGCCCCACAUUUUGGCACGAUUUACCAGCGGGAUCGGGACCUACCUGCUGCAAGCAGCACAUCCACAUCGGCAUCUGGAUCGGUGGAAAGGCAGUCAUCCACACCAAAUUUGCUGGCAGAGGACCCUGAAGCCGCUGAAGGCGAGGGCGAUGAACUAACGCGUUCCGCACUGCUCGAGUCUAUUUGCAAAUUCAAUCGCGGCUCUCUCCGCAAAGUGCGCUCAAACGACUAGUGCGGCAGGAGUGCAAAUAGGCAAGAGAUUUAUAAACGUUAAAAUUUGGACCAAAUGUGGCGUUAUGAAAUAACCGUGCCAUCAAAAUCAAUAUAAAAACCAUUUUUAGAUGCAUAUUGAGACAAAAAACGGAACGCAUGCCGGGCGGCAGAUGAAUGAAAGAAUCGAUCGAUCUAUCGCUAAGCUUAGCAUACCCAGAGAAACAAUCCAGCCUAAUACUACUUGUAUUUACGAAACCCACUGAUUAUACAUAUAUAUAAUUACAGCCUAUAUGUGUCCACUAUUUAUAGCAUACUCGUACAAAUAAUCAGCUAAAGGGAUCUAUUUAUACUAUAUGUACACGUUACGAGUCACAACACGUUGCGAAACGGUCUAACGAAUCCCAAAACAGGCUCCAGAUCGCAACUAAAGCUUUACUUAUGUGUCCACUACACGACUGAAACUGACUUUGGUACGAAUGAAUAUCAAAAGAAACAAAAACAGAAGAACAAACGACAUACAGAGGAAUCUAAUACUUUCCAAUAUUUACAUACAAAUAAGUCUGCACCAAAAUUUGCACCACGGACGAUGCUAUCAAAGAGAGAACUAUCUUUUAUAAUAACCCAAGGGUUACUUUCGUACAGUACAUUGAUGUUAGAUGUCUAAGAACUUGUUCCUCGGUGUUGUACUCUCUCACACACUCUCUCUCUCUCUCUCUCUCUCCACCAAGAACACAAUUUUUAGUAGUUUUACGACUUUUGUAUUUUGUAUCUUAACUUGAGUUUUAGUUUUCGAGAACCACGAGUGUUUCAAAAACGCUCAACUGUUCGUUAAAGUCUAGACAUACCCCCAGAGUCGUGGACUCGCAAAGGAAGGAACAAAGUAGCCAAAAAUGGACAAGGAAAGGUGGCCCACAAUCUAGCACUGUUAUUGUUUUUCCCCUUUUUAUAGAGAAUUUAUUAUGUGUGUAAUUAUCCGAAUUAUGUGAAUCAGAAUAAUGUAUGUAUUUGAAUAUGUGUGUGUAUAUACGUGUACCGUAAUCGAUGUUUUGUAGUAUGGCCCAUAGCAUACAUACCCAUCCACCAUUAGAGCACAGAAACUUAAGAUUAACUCGUAACUUGAUACAUAUGUGUGUUAUAUUGUCUACAGACUGUGUAUACAAAUGUCUAACGAUACUUAAAGGCAAACGAAACGCGAUACCUACUCCCCACAUCCAAUUAUUGCAAACCAAAUAAAGUCUAAAGUAACUUGCC